AUGGCAGACUCAGGGACUGCUCGAGUUGAGGCAUCGGCAGCAGCCAUUCGCAGCACAAUACCCACGAUGACCAAACGAAGCUCAUGUAUGACCGAUCACACCUCAGCCCGAUCUCUGCCCUCCGAAGCUGCUACACAUCCCGGCGGUGUUCCCCAAGACCUUCUCAAUCAUCUGCAACAACCCGAGUCCGUCCGCAAAACAUAUCUCUACCUUGGCUAUGGCUCCAACUUGUCGAAUGAGAAAUUCCGAGGCGAUCGAGGGAUCAAGCCGCUGUCGCAGGUCAAUGUUCAGGUUCCGACGCUGCGGUUGACGUUCGACUUGCCUGGAAUACCGUAUGCAGAGCCGUGCUUCGCCAACUCAGGUACUCGAGAUCCAGACAAUGACCCGCCGCCAAAUGCCGAGAACGAAAAGUCGCCGUUGAUCGCGAAGGAGGAUCGAUACCACAAAGACCGAUGGCACAAGGGAUUGAUAGGCGUGGUGUACGAGGUCACGGCUGAAGACUAUGCGCACAUCAUCGCGACGGAGGGCGGUGGCGCAUCAUACCACGAUAUCACAGUAGACUGCCAUCCGUUGCCGCUCAACAAGCCGGACGCGCCUGUGCCGCAGAACCCAACCCUGCCCCCGUUCAAGGCGCACACACUGUUCGCGCCAGCGGUGCCGCCAAAUGAGCCUCCGCCGAAAGAUGGUGGUCGGUUCCAGCGUCCAGACAUGAGCUACGCGCAGCCUUCGGCGCGGUAUCUGAAGCUGAUGACGGAUGGUGCUAAGGAGUUGGGCUUGCCGUACGAGUACCAGGAUUACCUGCUCAACAUCAGGUCAUACACUGUCACCACCGCAAGACAACGUGUUGGAUCGUACAUCUUUCUCGCGGUAUGGGGUCCAAUUGUUGCAGCGAUCUUUGCUUUGGGGAAGAUGUUCGCAGAUGACAAGGGCAGAAUACCUACCUGGCUUCGUAGCUUGCUCGGGGCGAUCUUCAAGGCUGUGUGGCUGAGCUAUGAUUACUUCUUCAAGCAGGUUUUUGGUGAUGGUGAGCGGACGUUAACAGAUGGUGGUAACGACGAAGGCGACGGUGACGGAGAUGAUGAAAGGCUGCGAGAGAAGCGGCGGGUGUCUGAGAGCAAGGCAAAGGAUCACUUACUGCAAGAAGAGGAUCAGUUCGUGAGGCAGAUGGUGUAG